GUUUACAGAGCGUCUAAGCCUGCCUGCUGGUUGUCAGAAGGUACCGUCUGUAAGGGAAGCACAGAGUUAAAGCCUUAGGAGUAUCUCUGAGGAUGUCGCACCCGCCUCCCGGCUAUCCAGGCGGCUACCCGCCGCCUGGCUACCCUCCUCCUGCUGGAUACGCCUAUCCGCCGCAGCCCGGCUAUCCGCCGCAGCCUGGCUACCCGCCCCAGCCGGGAUCGGCACCCGGCUACCCGCCACCAGGCUACCCGCCCCCCGCCCCUGGAGCCUACCCCGGCUACCCGCCCCCCGCUCCUGGCGCCUACCCGCCCCCACACGGCGCCUACCCACCCCACGGCUACCCCCCAGCCGGCUACCCGCCCGCUCCCUACCCGCCCCCGCACGGCCACCUCCCGCCUCCCGGCGUGGCGGUGCUGCCGGUGGCGGUUCACGGCGUGCCGCACGGCUACGGGGCGCAUGGGUAUGGGCACUACAAGCACAAGGGGCACAAGUACAAGGGCCACAAGGGCCACCACUACGGCUAUCCGGGCCACUACGGUCAUUACGGAAAGCAUGGCAAACACAAGGGCUUUAAGAAGUUUAAGUUCUAAGGUGGCAACCGCAUGUUGUAAGCAGCUGAAGUUCAAGGUUCAAGGUGGCAGCGACAUUGCAAUGCAAGUGGAGGCAGCAGCAGCAGAGGCAGCAGGUGGAGAAAAGGGGCAGGGAGGCGGCGGUUGCAGGCGGUUGCUGCGACAAGCAGCUGAUGCUGCAGGUCUCGCUUGGUUGGGAAGGAAAACAGCGGCCACGGUUGUGGGCGUGCGAGGGUUAUCUAUGGAUACCUGGCGCAUGCAUGUAUUUGUGUGUACAUACGCUUUGUACUUACUUUGCUUUGGAGCAUGUCGUUGUUUUGUGUGAUUGUGUCGCCGCAUGUUGGACCGCAACUGUACGGAAAUUAAACGGAACUGUGUGCCAUGUGUGUAAAGAAAGGCUGAAAAGUGCGAAAACCUCGUGCAUUCCUGUACACGACAGAGGUGGUUGUUGUAACAAAAGGUAUACGGUGGCAGGAAGGUUCUAAUCGGCUUUCAACAGUGUAUGCGUCUAAGGGCUUGGCUUAGCAACUCCGGAGAUAGCGCCGUUGCACGUAGCUGCCUGUGCUUUUCAUUGUGAGGGCUCGGGUGGCUUGCGCUGUCCCUUCAUACCGGUAGCCCGUUGCCCUGUUCUUGUACGCUGGCAGGGGUAGGCAGGGUGAGGCUUGUUGCGGGUGCUUUUGGGUUUUUGGGCCGUGCCAUGCCGUG